CAAUCAACAAUCAACUCGGUGCAUCGAAGCAUGUCCUCCAGCUUUAGAUAGCUCCAAUGCGACCAAUUUCUGCAUCUGUCCUUCGGCCGUACGUCUGCCCUUCCUGCCGGCAUGGCGCCCUUUCGGGUCGCAGGAGAUUUGCCUCAACAUCCGGCCAGAUCCCCGACAUCUACGAUGUGGUCUGUGUCGGUGGAGGUCCAGCCGGCCUAGGGUUGUUGGCAGCUCUCAGUAUGAACAAAACACUGCACCAAUUCAUGCUGGUUUUAAUUGUAUAUACGCUGACUUAGUAUUAUAGGAGCGUCACCGGUUACGUCCAAGCUCAAGGUCGCCCUCAUUGAGAGCCAGGAUCUCGUUAAAGCCCGGAAUUGGAAUCUCGAAUCCGACAAGUUCUCCAACCGAGUCAGCAGUCUGACGCCCUCGUCCGUGAAGUUUCUACAAAAGAUAGGAGCCUGGGAUUUUCUAGAUAUCGAUCGUGUUCAGAAAUAUCAAGAGAUGCAGGUCUGGGAUGGCGAGACGGGGUCCAAGAUAUCCUUCGACUGGUCGACGGAAACUUCUUCGUCCGAGGGUCUGCGCACAGUAGCGACUAUGACGGAGAAUGCGAAUCUUGUUCGUGCUCUCUUAAAGCAAAUUGAGGCGUCCAGGGAGGAUAAUCUUUCCAUUCUGUCGAAUUCAAAGGUCGUGUCUAUCGAGAAUGGCUCUGAUCAUGCCGACGGCCCCGAUUUAUCCGCCUGGCCCGUUGUUUCUGUGUCCCCGUCAGGACCCGGGACAGCGACAUCCCAGACCCCGUUGCGGCUUGCGGCUAGGCUCCUAGUUGGUGCUGAUGGCAUCAACAGCCCUGUUCGUUCGUUUGCCAGCAUCUCGACAAGUGGGUGGGAUUACAAUAGGCACGGGGUAGUUGCGACGCUGUCCCUGUCUGAGUUGGACCUUGCUCCGUUCUCCGUGGGAGCGAGAACCGCGUAUCAACGGUUUCUGCCGUCUCUGGGUGGGCCGAUUGCUCUGCUCCCUCUCCCUAAUAACCAUGCCACCUUGGUAUGGUCGACCACUGUUGAAAACGCGGCAUAUCUCAAGUCAUUACCGCCUAAGGCAUUCAUUGCUAUGGUCAACGCAGGCUUCCGACUCUCUAUGGCUGAUCUCAAAUAUAUGAUGCGCCUGGAAGUCCCAUCUUCAUCUAUCUCGUCUGGGAAGGAAACUCCCCACGAGGAUGAACUUUCCUGGCGCCUUCAACACACACCUCAGCCCCCUCACAUUCCACCCCUCGUCACCGGCGUCCAGGAAGGCACUGUGGCCUCUUUCCCCCUUCGCUUCAGGCACACGUCCUCGUAUAUUUCACCUCGAGUCGCCCUCGUCGGCGAUGCAGCUCACGUUGUCCAUCCUCUGGGUGGACAGGGCCUUAAUUUGGGAAUGGGUGAUGUGGCUUCCCUCUCCAGCACGAUUGAAUACGCGGUGAAUCACGGUAUGGAUAUUGGUGAUAUUCUCACCCUUGAGCGGUACCUGGCUGAACGCUACGCUGUCAAUGCCAAGGUCGGCGGCAUGUGCGAUCUGCUGCAUAAGCUCUACAACGUCCCCGGUCAGGGACCUGUGGCUUGGGGUCGGAGCUUGGGAUUGGAUAUAAUUGAUCGGUUACCUCUUGUUAAGGGGUUCUUGAUGAAGCAGGCGGAGGGCGCGGCUUAGAUCGACGUCCAUUGGGUUAUACGCUUCUAACUCUGCUCUCUUCUUCUGUAUAAUUUUAUGUAUUUGUCGAGACAGACCGGGCGAUCUGCUUUGCUGUAGGAUUAAGAAAAGAAAUUUUAAAAAACUUUACUUUCUC